GGAGCCGGCACGCGCUGCCCGGUCGCGCCCUGGCCGCGGCGCGGGAGCGGGGCGGGCCGCGGCCGCGCCUAUUUUUAGGUGGUGGCCCCGCCAGCGGCGAGCUGCCGGGGGCGAGCCGGUGCCGCAGCCGGCGGGGGCUGGGGCUGCCCGCGGGGGGGGUUGCAGGCCUGCCGGGCGCCUCCGUGCAGUUCAACAGUUCGUUCAGGAUUCAGCCUUGCUUUACGCCGCCUGCCUCGCUACCUGGCGCAGGUCUCUGUCCCCUAACGGGAGGGAUGUGGCCAGCGUGGCGGAGAGCUGGAGGGUCUGGAGAGGCCACUAUAGGGCCGCAGCGGCUCACAGGAGAAGACCUAGCGCUCUCCUGAAACGCUAAAGGCCGUAGACCAGUCUUUCGUGACUCUAGCCACAAAUGACUCCUAUGUGAAAGGAGCACUGGUACUUGGUUCAUCCUUGCAACAGUACAGAACAACAAGGAAGCUGACUGCACUCAUAACUCCUCAGGUCUCAGAUCUUAUGAGGAGAGUGCUGGAAAAAGUCUUUGAUGAAGUCAUAUUGGUAAACGUCUUGGAUAGUGGGGAUUCAGCACACUUGGCAUUAAUGAAGAGACCUGAACUAGGUGUCACACUAACAAAGCUUCACUGCUGGGAGCUGACACAGUUUUCAAAAUGCGUUUUCAUGGAUGCAGACACAAUGGUUUUGUCAAAUAUUGAUGAGCUUUUUGAGAGAGAAGAGCUGUCUGCAGCACCAGAUCCGGGCUGGCCUGACUGUUUUAAUUCUGGAGUUUUUGUUUACCGACCUUCAAUUGAAACAUACAAUCAGCUGUUACAGUUUGCAACAGAGAAAGGCAGCUUUGAUGGUGCAGAUCAGGGGUUAUUAAACACCUUCUUCAGCAGCUGGGCAACAACGGACAUGAGCAAACAUCUACCAUUUAUUUAUAAUUUGAGCAGCACUUCUGUAUAUUCCUACCUUCCAGCAUUUAAAGAGUUUGGUGCAAAUACCAAAGUGGUGCAUUUCCUGGGAAGCAUAAAGCCAUGGAACUAUACAUAUGACUCCAGGACAAAAAGCAUAAAAGGCAACAUGGAUGACCCCAAAAUAGUUCACCCAGAAUUCCUCAACGUGUGGUGGGAUACCUAUAUAGCUAAUGUUUUACCAUUACUAGAACAGCAUGGAAUUGUUGAAGAAAUUACUACAGGUGUAAACGUGCUAUCGGGCUUGGUCUAUACUCUGGCUUUCUCUUGUGGCUUCUGUAGAGAGGCAGAGGUUACAGAGGCAGUGUCCCACAUAUCGAUAUCAGCACCAUCACCAGUAUUACCAACUGUAUCUUCAGAAGAACGCAAGGAACGGUGGGAACAGGGCCAAGCUGACUAUAUGGGAGUGGAUUCCUUUGACAACAUCAAGAAGAAACUAGAUACCUACCUUCAGUAGAAAUGCCCGCCUCAAACAGUGGUGAUGCAAGGACUUGUUCCAGAACUAACAGCUAGAAAGGUGUAGAUGGUGGUCAGUUACACUUGCUAGUAGCUUGAUGAAAAACUUCUUGGCUGAAGGCCUCUGCAGUGCUACAGAUGAAGACUGAGCAAAAGCUAGGAAGCAGAAUUCCUUGGGCCACCUCUAACUGCCCAAUUUCCAAUUCUCCCUGCUAGAUAAAACCAGGUAUUUUCAGCUUAAAUUUUCUUCUGUUGUGAUCAAUUGGCUCAACAUAUUCCUUGAAACUGGGUUUGUUACCUCACCUCCUUAAGGUGAUUAGCAUUGAUUCCUUUGCUUGCUGUUUUAGAUGUAAAGUCUAAUUCCUGGGAUUGCUCAUACACUAGCGUGGUAGCCAUUCUGCUUUACCAUAAAUGUAUUAAUGACACUGGGAUACACACAGAUUUAACAGUAAUAGCACUGCUUUGCUCUUUCAGUCAGAAUUGCACUGAAGUUUUGACCAGGUUCUUACGCACAGUGCCUACAGCAUGGCAGAAUGCAUUUUUUCAGUUCUGUAUACUAUGGGACUAGUAAACUGAGUUUUAUCUGUAACUUGGAAUGUUACACUUGAUACAAAAAUAAAAAGUUGUCAUGCA